AUUCCUGUAGUCUAUCUACCUUUCUCUCUCUAAAAUUAAAUCCUUUUUUAUUUCUUUUCACUAAGCUGACCUCCUCAGCUCAAGUUUCUGAAUUCUCGGGUUUCUCUCUGCCUUUUUUUCUUAUUGUCGUUUUCUUUCACAGUGUUUCUCUCUCCCAGCUUCAAUGGCUACUGAAGUGCUCAGCAAACCCUCCUUUCUUCCCCCAUACCCGCAGAUGAUUAUGGAAGCAAUAGCUGCAGUGAAAGAAGCAGAUGGCGCAAACAAGGCAGCAAUUUCUGAAUACAUUGAGGAAAAGUAUGGUGAAUUGGGCGCACCACAUGCUGAUUUGCUCAACCAUCACCUCACCGCCAUGAAAGACAGCAAUGAGCUUCUCUUUGUGAAGGACAAUUACCUCCUUCCGACCUCUGAUGGGCCUGUGAAGCGGGGCCGGGGCCGGCCCCCGAAGGCCAAGGAGGGCCCUCCGCCUGCUGGGGCUAAUGUGGCCCCCCCACGCCCCCGUGGCCGCCCGAAGAAGGACCCCAACGCGCCGCCUGCCCCUAAGAAGGCCAAGACCGCGGCUGCGGCUGCUCCGCCUAGUGGGAGGCCGAGGGGGAGGCCGAGGAAGGUGCAGCCAUUGCAGAAUGGUGUGGAGGCAUGAAGUUUGUUGUGACUGUUUUGGAAUGUUUUAGGUGCUUGUUAUGUUUGUUGAUGUUUGUAUGAAAUUAAUGAUCAGCUAUGUUUGGGAUUUAGUGUUCAUUUGGAUAGCUUUUGGAUGUAAAUUUGGUAACUAAAUUGGCUAAUCAAAUGCUAUUUGCUGGUCAA